AUUUCUCCUUCAGUUGAACAGAAUUGUUUGAUUCGUGAUCAACUAAAUUCUGAGUCAAUCCGGAUAAAAAAAAAGAUUUUUUUUUGUGGACAUUCCACAUAAAUCGUCAUAUUGGUUACGAGUCAACUAUUUAUAUUUUUUAAAAUCAUUUAAAUCAGUGAACUUCGAGUCAGUGAGAGGAGACAUUCAAUCACUUUUGUCUAAUUAAGCUUUGUGCUUUUUUAUUGAGUUUUUGUAUAUUAUUAAGUGGAUUGUCUUUUUGGAUUUCUUUUCGCCAAAAUGAUUCAUGAAAUGGAUGAUGAACAUGUUCAAUUACUUCGUCGAGCAUUUACAAUGUUUGAUUCAAAUAAAUCCGGCAAAAUUGAAAGAGAGAAGGUUCGCUUAAUCUUAAACACAUUAGGAUACACAUAUGAUGAUAGUGAAUUGGAUAGAUUAUUAUCAGCUGAAGAUACGGAAGGAAAAGGAACAUUAACUUUUGAUGAGUUCUGUCGUGUAGCUGUUCACUUUUCAGAAGAGGACGAUGAAGCUCUCCAAAAAGAACUGAAGGAAGCUUUCCGACUCUACGAUAAAGAAGGAAACGGCUAUAUUCCCAUAUCAUCAUUACGUGAAAUUCUCGCAGCACUUGAUGAUCAACUCACAGGUGAUCAACUGAAUGAAAUGAUUGCCGAAAUCGACACCGACUCAUCAGGAACUGUUGAUUUUGAUGAAUUUAUGGAGAUGAUGACGGGCGACUAAUGUGCGAUUCUUGUGGGUCAAAUGAUGUCUCAGAAAUUUUUUUUAAUUUUAAAAGUUAUUUCUAAUUUUACUUCUGACAUACCCGAAAAGCACAAGUUGGUUAAUCGACUAUAACUCUUGCACCAAGCUUGCGUGACUCUGGCAUGGUGUUAGACUCAAAUCAAAUCAUGCCAGAGUACCGCAAGCUUAGUACCGGAUUUUAUUUCGAAAAACCGACUUGUGUCUUUCGGAAUAUGCUCAAUAAUGACACCAUGAGAUGAUGAAGGAUACUCAAUUUUAAAUUCUUAACGUGCAAUAUGAAACU